GGUAAAUGCGUACCCCGGUUGGUGAGUUAAAGCAGCCAUGUUUUUAUCGUACAGGAGGCGUGGACAGCGAGCAGGUGUAGGUAGGUUGUAAGGCGAUACAAAGGCCUUACGUAGCUGCCAGGUCCCGAACCACAUAUACAGCAGAUUGGAACAAGACACUCGCCACAACAGUCCGACUUUUAUACUCGGGUCAUCAUGGAAUCGGAGAGAGACAACCAGGCAUAUGGGAAGAAUUAUGGGGCGCACAGACCUGGCAUAACAAGCCAGGAAAUGGCAGAUUACUACAGUAACUGGGCCAAGUCAGGCGAUUAUGAAAAGGACUUGUGUCCAGGGCGGUAUAACGGACCCACGAUCUGUGCUCAGGCGUUGGCUGAUCAUUACAAGGAAAACAGAGAGACCGUCAAAAUCUUAGACGUAGCCGCUGGAACUGGUUUUUUGGGAGAACAGCUGACCAAACUUGGUUUCCGCAACCUGGAUGCUUUGGAUCCCGCACAAGGAAUGCUGGAUGUUGCCAAGGAGAAAGGAAUCUACCACCGGCUAGUAUGUGACUUCUUAGGUCCCAAUCAAUUGGACAUUGACAAAGACAGCUAUGACUGUGCCGCCAUUGCCGGUGGUAUGGGAGAGGGACACAUUCCGUACAAGGGGUUGGAUGAGCUUAUACGCAUUGUGAAGCAAGGUGGCCUCAUUUGCAUCGUGAUGAGAGAGGAAUAUCUGUCAACCGUGGAAGAGUAUCGUGGAAAUUUGGAAAAGCACAUGCAAAGUCUGGUUGACUCGGGCAAAUGGGCGAGGAUAUCGAGAAAUGUAGUCCCUAACUACUCCUUCAACAAAAAUGGUGUUGUGUUCAAGUACCGCGUAUGCUAACAUGUUAUUCUGGUUUUUUUGUUUUUGUUUUUCUUUUGCGAGUGCAAUGAUGGGAUUUUACAGUCUAUAUAUUUAUCAAUAUAACUAUGACAUGUUUGGGAUACGUUUUUUAAAUGAAUUCAUUUGGGUUUUGACAAGUAAAAUACCGGUAUAAUAAAUCACA